UCUGCUGUUGCAUGUGCCGCCAUGUGAGCUGCUUCUUAACUCCAAGCUCCUCCCGUCAGGCUCCGUCCCCUCCCACCUCAACCAUGACUCCCAACAACCCCCCAACCCCCUCUGGUACAGCAUCCAUCCCCUCAAUGUUUUUUCUGCUCUGUUUACUCCAUUGGACAACAACUACUGGGUGCUUUAGUUGAUCACUAUUUGUUUACUCUACAGACAAAAGUUUAUCCAUUGACACAGAAACCACAUCCCCCUCUACCUGAGUAUGAUGCGGGUGCUUCUGGAGAGCAGCUGGAUGAAGUUUGGACCUGCAGGAAGGGGGUCUUAUGACUGGGUGACAGGACCACCGUCAACACAGGACAUACAGGGCCGCAACUGGAAUGAGUUGGACCUGGUAGAUGACAGAAAGGUGGAACUGGUGGUGUACGUGGUCCUCCCUGUCCUUUCUGUCCUGCUCCUGGCUCUCCUGGUGGGUCUGAUCUACCGCCGGUGUUCCCGCAGCAAACUAAGCCUGGCCAACAUCAUUGCUCUAGACCUCCACAACACCGAGAGCAGCGCAGAGUUCCUCUCCUCCCUGACCAGGAACGCAGAGCGCCACACCAGCACCAGCUCGGAUGGAUCGGACGGAGUCUUCGUCAUGGUCUAUCUGCCUCCGCCUUAUGAGGAAACGCUCACCAAGAUCACCCGAGCUGCCAGCCUCUCCAGCUCCAAAGACGUGGAGUCAAUAAAGAUUGAAGACCUGGAGGCCAAGCUGUGUCCAGAGCUUAAGUCCAGCGGUAGAUUUGUUUAACCAUGUGUCAAUGGGAAGUGAUAAAGACUUUAUAUCUCCAAUAUUUGGUGGUUUUUAAUCUUUGCCAGUAUUCAUAAAUCAACUCUGCAGCUCUUCACAUGCUUUUUAACCCCUUUUCUCUCAAAGUUUUGGUUUUAUGGUACAUCUACUGUCUGGUUCAGUCUCUCCACUGUCAUCAACCUUAUUUUUUUUAACAAUGCAUGGAACAGUUUUCACCAAACAGUCUCUGAUAGACCCAAUGUAGUCUACCUACUCAGCACUAAAGAGAGAUUCAGAUAGAUAUCCAGCAGCUUAUCCGACAGAUAUUUUUAGUUGGUGGACCUCAAAGUGUAGCAAACAUUUGUGGGGGGGAAAAGUGAUCAUUGGACUAACAUGCAUUCGAUGGACAUGCUGUAAACACACCUUAAAUAGGAAGAUAAUGUUUAUCUUUUGUCUGCUGGAUGUGUUAAAAGGUAAAUGUUUAUGUGUUCACUUGUUCUGAAAUUCUUGCCCUUGUUGUCCAAAUAUAAAUAAAAGUGAUUUUAAAUAAAUUCUGUGUAGCGUAUGGCAUUGGUGCCAAAUUGGCACACAAUUUGGAAACUUACCUGACAGACAAAUUCAACAUGUUGGAACAAGUGACUGCCCUGUCUAUGGAAACCUUGCUGGAUCCAAGGUUUAAAGAACGAGGAUUUUGCAACCCUGGGCACGCAUCAACUGACCAGAGAAUGUGAUGCUGUUAUUAAGAGCCAGCCACCACCAGCUUCUUCAGAGCCAGCAGCAACAGCAGGGGCUCCUGCUCAGCCUCUGGAUUUUAAUCUCUGGGCCUUGCUAGACAC